CGUAGCCGCACCUGGCCGACGUCACCACCCAAGCGUUGAAGCUAGCGAGUAGCGGCACUUCCUUAAACACUCGGCGGAGUUGAGAGCUGAAAGCAGGGUGGGACACUUCGCCCAACUACCACACACACGGAGCGGCUGCUGCUCUCAGGAGGAGGAAGCUGCCUCAUUAUUCACCAUGGCCCCCUUCCUGCGUAUCGCCUUCAAUGACUUCGACCUGGGUGCCAUGGGCCCCCUAGCUGACCCCCCCUUCUGUGCCAUCAAGAUGAAGGAGUCUCUCAGCACAGAGAGGGGAAAGACUCUGGUCCAGAGAAAGCCUACCAUGUACCCAGCCUGGAAGUCUAGCUUUGAUGCCCACAUCUACGAGGGCCGCGUCCUGCAGGUGGUGCUCAUGAAGACGGCUGAGGAGCCACUGUCUGAGGUCACCGUGGGAGUGUCCGUGCUGGCAGAACGCUGCAAGAAGGGCAAUGGACAUGCCGAGUUCUGGGUUGACCUACAGCCCACCGGGAAGGUGAUGAUGGCUGUGCAGUUCUUCCUGGAGGAUGCUGACGUAGAAGGCAAGCAGGCAUCGCAGGUGGAGGAAGGUGCCCUGACACUGAACCGCCGCCGAGGUGCCAUAAAGCAGGCCAAGAUCCACAACAUCAAGAACCACGAGUUCAUCGCCACCUUCUUCAAGCAGCCCACCUUCUGUUCCGUGUGCCGAGAGUUCGUCUGGGGCCUUAAUAAACAAGGCUACAAGUGCAGAAAAUGCAAUGCAGCAAUCCACAAGAAGUGCAUUGACAAAAUCAUUGGACGCUGCACGGGGACGGCGGCCAACAGCCGAGACACUAUGUUCCAGAAGGAACGUUUCAAGAUCGACAUGCCACAUCGCUUCAAGACCUACAACUACAUGAGCCCCACGUUCUGCGACCACUGCGGCAGCUUACUGUGGGGUUUGGUCAAGCAGGGCCUCAAGUGUGAUGAAUGUGGGAUGAAUGUUCAUCAUAAGUGCCAGUCCAAAGUGGCCAAUUUGUGUGGCAUCAAUCAGAAGCUGCUGGCUGAGGCACUGAACCAAGUCAGCCAGAAAUCCACUCGGCGGUCUGACCCCAACUUGACAGACAUAGGAAUCUACCAGGACUACAACAAGACUCCUGGAUCAGAGAGCAACGAAGGCUCUCAGUAUGGACGACUGUGGGAAGGCUCCGGUCCCAUCCCCACCCCUGUUCCUCUUCCUGUUCCUGUUCCUGCCCCUGUUCCUACCCCGCCCCGCAUCACCCACCAGAAACGCAUCACUGCCGAUCAAUUCAUCCUCCACAAAGUUCUGGGCAAGGGCAGCUUUGGCAAGGUAUUACUGGCAGAGAUGAAAGGGACUGGGCAGUACUUUGCAAUAAAGGCUCUGAAAAAGGAUGUGGUGCUGAUGGAUGAUGACGUGGAGUGCACUAUGGUGGAGAAGAGAGUGCUGGCACUAGCUUGGGACUGUCCUUUUCUCACACACCUAUACUCCACGUUCCAGACCAAGGAACACCUGUUCUUUGUGAUGGAGUACCUGAAUGGGGGAGACCUGAUGUUUCACAUACAAGAGAAGGGCCGCUUUGAACUCUACAGAGCCAUGUUCUACUCAGCCGAAAUAAUCGUCGGGCUCCAGUUCCUUCACGCUAAAGGAAUCAUCUACAGGGACCUGAAGUUGGACAACGUGAUGCUGGAUUGUGAUGGGCACAUCAAGAUUGCUGACUUUGGCAUGUGCAAGGAGAACAUGUUUGGGGAGCAUCGUGCCACCACCUUCUGUGGAACACCAGAUUACAUCGCACCUGAGAUCCUGCUGGGCCAGAAGUACUCCUUCUCCGUGGACUGGUGGUCCUUCGGAGUACUAGUGUAUGAGAUGCUGAUUGGUCAGUCACCCUUCCAUGGCGAUGAUGAGGACGAGCUUUUCGAAUCCAUCCGAAUGGAUACUCCCCACUAUCCCCGCUGGAUCACCAAGGAGGCCAAGGACCUACUAGAGAAGCUGUUUGAGAGGGACCCAACUCACAGGCUGGGCAUUGUCGGCAACAUUCGCAUGCACCCCUUUUUCAAGACCAUGAAUUGGACCAGCUUGGAGAAGCGGGAAGUGGAACCCCCAUUCAAGCCUAAAGUGAAAGCUCCUAAUGACUGCAGUAACUUUGACCGGGAAUUCUUGAGCGAGAAGCCCCGCCUCUCACUGAGUGACAAGAACCUGAUCGACUCUAUGGACCAGACUGCGUUUGACGGUUUCUCCUUUGUCAACCCCAACAUGGAACGUCUUCUGGAGUGACCACAACCCUCCUGCCAUUUUGCAUUCUGUCAAAUAAGCACAGAAGGAAUUAUGGGUGGCCAGUGUUAAAUUUACAGCGGUUAAGGGUCAGUCAGUCUUUCUUGUGACCAAACUUUAAUUUUUUAUUUGUUUAAUGUACUGUUUUGUGAUUAUAUUAAACUUUGCACAGUCGCGCAUACAAAACACAUACCUGCUCCCUAAAAACAAUUUACUGCCCAAUGUAGUUCACCAUUACAUUACAAUACCCCAUAUGAACUGUGAGAUCAAGACAUCGUUCUGCUUCUACCAGUGGUUGAAGCAAGAGGAGUAUCACCUGGACGAAAACUCAGGCCAUAUAACUUAAUCAGAAUAAUACAUCUUUACCUCUCACGUUCUUUUCUUCCAGUUGAAUUUUGUAGCUCAUUCCAGGAAAGACAAAAGCUUCAUUGUUUUUAUUACAAGUGUACAUCAUUCUGAUCACUCACUCACACACAGACACACACACACAGUUAUACUCUGUACAUGGAACUUGUUUUCAUUCUAUACAUCUCGGUCACAAUAUUUAUUUUAAUUGUUUUCAUAUAGGGUUGUCUACUUCCAUCUUUACAAAUUCUGACAGUCCCAGUUAUAAUUACUAAUAACUAGUAUUACUAGUAUCUUUUUCCACAGUUCCUAUGAUUUACCUGUCUGGUUAGCCUGUAGCUUGUGUACAUAAGUAAACACUUCGGUACACAAGAAAUAAAAAGUUAGUGGAAUUUUAAAGAAAUGUCUAAUUGUACAGAUGUAAGAUUCAUUUUGCCGGGAAUGUUUGGAUCUGGUUUCCAGUCCUUAUUUUUGUAAUCGCUGUUACCAUGGACUGUCAGUGUCUGCUGUUAUGAAAAUGAAAAAAAGUACUUUUGUUAGAGGUAAAAAAAAGGGUGAAAAUUAUUACUUGAAGUUUGUCUGGGUUACAUGUUUAUAUGUGAGAUAUUUAUAUAUAUAUAUAAUUAGACAUUAGAGUAUAAUAUGCUGUAUUGAUUUGUCCAGCAGUAUCUACAAGAUAAACAGAAAUUAUUGUUCACGGAUGUUAGUCUCGUCUCAUGUUCAGAACAAAAAACAUACAAGCCAAAAACUGUGUUGUUGUGUUUGUCCUAUUUUGGGCUUUGUUUAUUCCCUUCUAUUCAGCCACAGUUAGGGUUAAUCUGAGUGGAUUGGGGUCAGACUAAUGCAUCCCUGAGGCCACCUUUGGGCAGAUGCCUGGGAACCACACAAAGCCCAAAGUGGUCAUUUAAGGGUGAACCCUUCCCAAAAAGACCGACAGAAGAUGGUGUCACAGACAUGGUCUGCCUCACGGACGGGUACUUCAGAAACACGUCUGAAUAGGGCCUGCAUGGUUGUGUUAUUAUGAAAACAUGAGUGUAAAUGUGUGUAACAUUACUUGAAUAUAGUUUUUAAUGAGAAAUCAACACAUGCUGUAUAUAUGAAUAUAUAUUGCUUUAGCUCACUGUUGGUGAGCUAAGCACAUUGCCUCUUACAAUCUUCAUCUUUUAAAUCUAUUAAUAAAAUGAAUAGCAUCCUAA